GCCCACAAAUCUAGAAUGCCCAAAUUAAUUUCCCUAUUCAAUUUCUGCGUCUGUUGCGACUCCGAGUAUCCGACGCGAAUCCGGCGAAGAAGCUACAAGCCGCCGACGCCACUUCUGUCGCCGCCGCCGUUGCCGACGCGAAUCCGACGAAGAAGCUACAAGCCUACGCCGCUGCCGUCGCGGCCCGCCCACCCCUGCGACGAACAAGCUAGUACUCCACGAAAAUAUUCAGAGUAUUUGUACACAAAAUGGGAAAGGACGAUUCUUUGGGACAUGGUUGAGCCAUACAGGAGACCAAGAUCAUUUACUCCGCUUGUCACAAUCUACAUCUGUGCAUUUUAUACCGGGGUCAUUGGCGCAGCCAUCACUGAGCAACUCUAUAAGGAGAAGUAUUGGGAGGAUCAUCCCGGUGAAAUGGUACCUUUUAUGAAACCGAUGUUUUAUGGUGGCCCUUGGAGAGUGAUGAGAGGUGAUGUUCCUCCAACUGGAAAAUUUGAGCUCUGAACCGUUGUUAGUUAGUUUUUUAGCUUUGUUUUGUGUAUAUGUUACACCUUCUCAUGUUUGCUGUUGCUCUGAAUGACAAUAUUUAUAUUAUAUAGAUAAUAAGCUCCACAACUACACAGCUUUGGAGCAUAGACUUUGUGGUUUUUAAGAGAAACACUUUUUUUUGUCA